CCCAGAUAGCACUUUAUUUUUUAGAUAUAAUUCCAGUCACCAGUGGGUUUAGUGCCCAGUUUUGCUAGCUGCUCUGCCGUGUUGCCUGUACAGAGCUGAGCAGUGUUACUCUGAGUGUUUCCUGGCUUCUCACCCAGAAGAACUCCAGUGCUACACAUGGUGGUGAUAACUGGCACUUCUGAAGUGCAUGUUACCAUGGCGAUGACUGCAGGGACUACAACAUCCUUUCCCAUGAGCAACCACACCCGGGAGAGAGUGACAGUGGCCAAGCUUACGCUGGAGAACUUCUACAGCAACCUAAUUACCCAGCACGAAGAGAGAGAAACAAGGCAGAAGAAACUAGAAGUGGCUAUGGAAGAAGAAGGGCUUGCAGAUGAGGAGAAAAAACUGCGCAGGUCACAGCAUGCUCGCAAAGAAACAGAGUUUCUGCGACUGAAGAGGACGAGACUUGGCUUGGAUGACUUUGAAUCUUUGAAAGUUAUAGGAAGAGGAGCAUUUGGGGAGGUACGUCUCGUUCAGAAGAAGGAUACAGGUCAUAUUUAUGCAAUGAAGAUACUACGAAAAGCAGAUAUGCUGGAGAAAGAACAGGUGGCCCAUAUCCGAGCAGAAAGAGAUAUUUUGGUUGAAGCAGAUGGAGCCUGGGUAGUGAAAAUGUUUUACAGUUUUCAGGAUAAAAGAAAUCUUUACCUGAUCAUGGAGUUCUUACCUGGAGGUGACAUGAUGACCUUGCUAAUGAAGAAAGACACCUUAUCAGAAGAAGAGACACAGUUCUAUAUUUCUGAAACCGUGUUGGCCAUAGAUGCUAUUCAUCAGCUGGGAUUCAUCCACAGGGAUAUUAAACCAGAUAACCUCCUGCUGGAUGCUAAGGGUCAUGUAAAACUGUCUGAUUUUGGGCUAUGCACAGGUUUAAAGAAAGCUCACAGAACUGAGUUCUACAGGAACCUUACACACAAUCCACCAAGUGACUUCUCAUUUCAGAAUAUGAACUCAAAGAGAAAAGCAGAAACAUGGAAGAAGAACAGGCGACAGCUGGCUUAUUCUACUGUUGGGACCCCAGAUUAUAUUGCACCAGAAGUAUUUAUGCAGACCGGGUACAAUAAACUCUGUGACUGGUGGUCUUUGGGAGUCAUCAUGUAUGAAAUGCUAAUAGGGUAUCCACCUUUCUGUUCAGAAACACCGCAAGAAACUUACAGGAAAGUUAUGAAUUGGAAAGAAACUUUGGUAUUUCCUCCAGAGGUGCCCAUAUCAGAGAAAGCAAAGGAUUUAAUUCUAAGGUUUUGUACUGACUCAGAAAACAGAAUUGGUAGUAAUGGAGUAGAGGAAAUAAAAAGUCAUCCAUUUUUUGAAGGCGUGGACUGGGGACAUAUCAGGGAAAGACCAGCUGCAAUCCCUAUAGAAAUCAAAAGUAUUGAUGAUACAUCCAACUUCGAUGAGUUUCCUGAAUCUGAUAUUUUACAGCCUGGUGAGACUGCCACUUGCCAAACACAACGGAGCCUGACUACAAAUCCAAAGACUGGGUUUUCCUCAACUAUACCUACAAGAGGUUUGAAGGGCUCACGCAGCGUGGUUCAAUCCCUACCUACAUGAAAGCUGGGAAAUUGUGAAACAAAACCCAGACCCACAGAAGAAAUAAAAACAGAAACCUCAGGUAGCUGCAUCACCAGACCCGCUCGGCAUUAGUUAUCAAUACAUUGACUCUGGUGCGCAUCAAUUUCACAAGGAAAUUCUACAGGAUUAGGAUUUCUAAGACUACUACAGGAAUUAGUUGGCAGUGCCAGCUGGCUUUUUUUUUUUUUUAAUAUUUGAAUAUUUUUGUUAACUUUAUUAUACAAAGGUACUGGAAUAAAAGGAACAUACAUCCCUUUGUAACUGCACUGCCUAUGUGUGUAUAAUGGUUAAUUAUGCCUCUCUGUCCUGUGGCUUUGUUUGUACAGUAAACUGUCUAAUCCACCCAGGAGUAAAACACAUCAUUUUACGCAGCAUUGUUAUCAUACUGCUUACCUGGUGGGUUCUAAAUAUGCAGUAUUAAAAAAAAUAAUAAAUCAUUGCCCACAUUUUCAAAAUUCUCUGAGCAGUUGCUCAAGGGUGUUUCAGUUGUGGUGUGCAGAUAUACCCCAUGAGUGUGGCAAUAUUGGAUUAUUCUAAAUAGCAGUGUCCUGUGGGGCCUACUUGUACCCUGCCUAGCCUCAUUGCUCCCCGCUGGAGGGUUUUAUGAGCAGAUUGUCCCUUUUUGUGGGGGAUGUGGGGCAGGAAGAUGGUCCCUGUGAUCUGUAUAGUGGCAUUUCUGCUUUAAUUGAUAAUUAAUGGGUCCUAUCAUUGAAGAUGAUGAUACUGUUCAUGAUGAUGAACCUGUUGACAACUUCAGAAGAAAAAAAGGAAUCUGAGUAACAAUGACAAACACUCUUAACAGAUUUGUUUUUUCCAUUACUAAGUUCUGAAAAUAUGGCAGUUUUCAAGAUAGCAUUUCUGUCUCUGUUGGAAGGCAGAUAAUCUUGCUAUUGAGAAUUUAAAAUAUCCUUUUCUGUCUGAGAAAAACUUACCCUAGGGAAGUGAUCAAAUGGCAGCUUUUUCUUUUCCAUCUCCCUAAGAAGUUCCAAGAAGGGAUGCUGUUGCACCCUUUUCUUUCCAGAAUACCGGUAGCAACCUCUGCCGAACCAGAGGAAAUGGAGUGCCCAACUAGACUUACUCUUCUGUGGGCUCCAGCUUUUUCUAGCGUCUCUUCCUAAUGUGGACCAUGGGAUUAUAAAGGAUCAGCUGAGUCUGAAGCCCAGUUACCAGGAACCACGAACAACCACAACUGGAUCAGGCAGAGCACCUACACCUGUUCUCCCCACUCUGCAAGAUGGGGACAAACUGACAGUAGAGAGGGGUCUCCUUCCCCUGGCUCAAGGAAACUGAAGCAGAAAACUGUGUACUGGCUAUGAUUUUGUUCCUCAGCUACAUCCCUGCCUAUACUAGCAUAUUAUCUGCAGUACUUUGAAUCUAUCACAAUACAGUGGAGAACUUUGGUGUCAUUUUCUGAUUACAAAAGAGACUUAUAGCAAUCAACAAUUCACCAGUAAUUGAACAAGCAGAGUCACUGUCGCUGUCUUCCUCCUUUAAACACAAGUGAAAGGCACUCUAAAGCCCCCACAACACCCAUCAGAGUGAAGCACAGGAUGUUUUGGCAUGUGGUAGGGAAGACUCCAUUAGACUGACUUUUACAGCAAAAUGGAAGUGACUAUUUAUAAAGCUUUUACAGAAAUAUUUAUUGCUGUUAGGCACCAUGGUAUCAGCUGUUCUGAAUUAUUUGUAUGCUUCAAAAACAUACUUUAAAGUGUUCAUCUGUUGCAUAAAAGUCCAUUUAUCAGAAAAAUUUCUGUGCAUCAGCAGCGUACUGGCAAUGUGUGUAGUCUGCCUUGAUUCAACAUUUGCUAAUUUUUUCAAGGCCUUCAGUGAUGCCUUUCCUCCAAUACUUUAUCUUCCUUCAAGCAUCUAACAUCUGCUGCUUAUGCUGCUUUUCUACAAAAAAAAAAUAGCGUUCAGUUCAUCAAAGAAGAGUAUCCAGUGCCUCAGGGCCCACCCAAUUUAUACAGUCAGAUUAUGGCUGAGCUAAACUUUGCCUAAAUGUUCAAUUUAAGUGGGAACAACUAUGUGAUCUCCUAGUUUUUCUUCACAAAUCUUACACUAAUUAAGACCUCUUUACCGCUACUGGGACAAGAUCCUUCAGUAAUUCUCUGGUGUUGUCUUUAGCCAUGUCAAUCCAACGUAGUGAAGGUCAACUGUAUCCAUACAGAGACUGUCCAAAGCCAGUAACUUAAAUCCACCUUUUUAUACUUUUUCAUUUCUUUCUGACGCUGGCAUAGCAGCUGCUGAGGCUUCUGAGAAAAGGAAAUUCCUUUCCUGACAUUCAGUCCCUUCUACCAAGAUGGAGGAUAUUGGGCAGAAUAUAUACCAGAUGCAGAUUUUGCCCCAAAAGGGUACUGCUAUUCAAAAUAGAUUUUUUCUUAGUUUUAAUUUCCAAUCUCAUUCAUGGGGUCACUAUAUGCACCAGAAGUGGAAUUCCUGUGAACAACACAUUUCAAAAUACCACAGUUACCCUUUUGUGUAAUGUAAAAAGAAGUCUUUGCUUGAAUUUGCUAAGACAAGAUCAAUUUCAUGGAAACUGCAAAUGCUCAGUAAUACUGGUGAUUUAUUUUUUUUUCCUGCAGGGUUUGCAGGAGGGGAGAUAAAUACAUUCUUAAUUUAAAGCUAUCUAUUAAACUAUGUCUGUACAUACUCACUGGUUUACAAACUUGGGAAACAGCUGAACCCUUAUAUUCAUAACACUAAAGAUAAUAUACAUUUAAAAUUGCAGAUAAUUAAACAUAUCAGUGCUCACAUAUGAGUUGUAUCCUUCAGGAAACAGCCUGCAGCCUAUUUAGCAUAAACUCCUGUAUUGUGGUAGUUGAAUUUAUUUCUUUGAAAACAGAAUUAUUUUAAUCAAUAAGUCCAACAAAAUAUUAACUACUGCUUUUAGGAUUAUAGAUGGUUUGUUUUUUUCAAAGUUUAAACUGUGACACUAUAAUAGAUUAAAAAGAACAGAAGGUUAAUCUACACUGGCUUUCAAAAAAUGGAAGUGCAACAUAUCUUUUUGCUUUAUUUUUGUCUUAUUCCUUUGGAUGGUCAUUUGUCUUUUUGUUUAUUUUUUUUUCUCCUUUGGUGUUGUUUGUCACUGUGCCAUUUAUUUUUCUUAUUCUUGGAGUACCAAAGAUCCUGAAAUGGCUUGAUGAUUGCAACCAUGUGAAAAUUUAUUUUGUGGAAGUAUGAUUUGUUAACUUUUGUUAAAAUGUGAAAUUUUGUAUGCAAAUUCUUAGAGGUUUACUGGGAAGUUAACCUAUUCCAGCAGGGAAAACCUGAGUGCAUCAAUGGAAGUAGUGAGCCUGAAUCUAAAUUCUGGAUCUGAAUAUGCUGAAACUGGGGAGGAAAUUUGCAUUGGAGAACACAUCUGAGCUUUUGCACUUUGUUCCAUCUCUAAUCAGCAUGAAUGCGUGGCCUUAAGUAUAGGACAUACACAGAGGUUCAUUCAUGUGCAAAAGGAGUUAAAAUAAAAAUUAAAAAAAAAAAAAAAAAGCCAGCAUUCACAAAUCAAAUAUUGUUGAUACUGCAUUUGCACUGUUAAAUUUGCCUUGCUGGAGCGUUACGUAUUAUUUUUAUAGGUCAAUUGUUAAACAGCUGAGCGGUUGGAUACAGUAUGGAAUAAUAGCAUCUGAUAUGGGUGAAUUCACCAAAGUGCAAAGGGGCUUGCUGAAAGCUCUCCACACUACUAAGAGAAAUGGGCAUAAGCAGUACAAAGGGUGUUGUGUUGGCUCCUUGUAACAAGGUGACUUUCCUCCUCUGCAACAGCAAAUAGGGAAUACUGCAGUUUAGCCCAGUUAUACUCUAAUGCUUAGGAAAUGCUCUCACUUUUUCAAUAAUAUGAGCAAUUACAAGCAUUGUGACAUACUGUACCUUGUCCUUUUAAUGUUGAUAUAUUACAGCAGCUUGUACUUGGAGUCAAAAUGGCAACUGCUAUAUUUUUCCUAGACUGUUUCAUUAGUUGUGGUUGGGAAGGUUACAUAGAAGCAUUAUAAAAUUUAUAUGAGGCUUUUUACAGCAUUUGAAAAUAAAAGUAGCAUUCUUUUUGUAAA